AUGGCGUCACCGCAGUGGGCCGGCAAAACGAGUCGUGUCAUCCGCGCCCGGAAGAUCGGAUUGAAACUGGAUCCGCUGAGUUUGAUUCUUCUCUACCAGGAUGGCGUCAAGGUGAGGAAGAGAUUCAUGCCGAUUAGGAACCUGAAAUCACAAGCCGAUCCCUGGGCCAGAGCCGAGGAAUUGAAAUUACGUCACAUGACCUAUUUGGCCGCCGUCCCCACUGUGGUAUUGACCAAACUCAUUUCAAUCGCCCAGCAAGUGAUGAUCGGAUUGGACGUGGAUGAGGCCGUACGACAAGUGACGCAACGCUUCUCGGUCGACGUCGAACGGGAUUUGAAUGUCGUUUCCGAACCGGAACUCAAACGUCAAAAGGAGCUGAUGGAAUUGACUUUUAUCAACAACGUCAUCGGUCCGUCGGAUCCUCGAUUCGUUUACGACAAGCAAGUGGCUUUCCAUCGACCCGAUCGCGUUUCCGACUGGGACGAAGAUAAUAGUGAAUAA